UCCUUAAAAGCUAUCUGGGCACUCGGUAACUUCGUGAUUGACCUAUGUUUUGUACUGAAUAUUGCCUUGUGUAAAAUAAACAUUGUGCGAUGUAGGUAACUUUCAUUUGAAGUUUUCUGAGGAUCGCCAGGGCUGUCGGAGCUCUAACAUGGCGCAGAAAUAUGUCGAUUGGCCGUCUUCUUCGGACAGUGAAUUUAAUGAUGACAACUCUGAGGAUUUGUCACACAGUGAACUAGAAGUGUUGCCUAACUAUCUCGUAAAUGAUCCAACGGGUUGGAAAUCUAUUCAGCUAAGCCAUAACAGUUUUGUCACGUUUCCUGGUGAAUUGGGAACAUUUCUAAAUCUUAUAAACUUAGACAUCAGUAACAAUGGUUUGACUGACAUUGGGUGUGAAAUUUUACAUUUGAAAAACCUGAACACUUUCACUGCUAGAAAUAAUCUGCUGGACGCAAGCUCUUUGCCAAAAGAUUUUGGACUAAUGAUAUCGCUAGAGACAAUAAAUUUCAGUGGAAACCGAUUCACAGAUUUCCCAAUGCAGCUGACAGAAUUGAGGAAUUUAAAAACUUUGCAUAUAGGCGCCAAUAGUCUUAAGUCCAUACCGAGUGCUAUAAAAGGCUUAUCAAGGUUGGAAGUGUUGUACUUGGGCGGUAAUUCUUUGCAGGAGGUACCUGCUGAACUAGGCACAUUGCAUCGUCUGAUCUCACUUGUUCUAUGUGAUAACCAAUUACACAGUCUACCACCAACAUUCUCUCAUCUCAGAAAACUACGCUCACUUAGUCUGCACAACAACAGACUCUCCACUCUACCUCAGGAAAUUGUUGCAUUGAAUUUGACGGAACUUAGUCUUAGAAACAAUCCAUUAGUUGUUAGAUUUGUACAAGAUUUGAGUUUUGAUCCUCCUUCUUUGAUGGAACUAGCGGGGAGAGUCAUCAAAACUGACCGGAUUAAGUAUUCAACUUCUGACCUGCCGUCUCACCUGGUCAAGUACCUAUCUUCUGCUGAAAGAUGUGUUAAUCCUAAAUGCAAAGGUGUAUACUUCAGCUCCAAAGUAGAGAAUGUAAAAUUUGUGGAUUUCUGCGGCAAGUAUCGCUUGCCCUUGCUACAGUAUCUGUGCUCCCCACAAUGUUCAUACACGUCUGUGUACAGCGACAGCGAAACUGAUGACGAGGACUCGGCAAGUGCAAAGAUGAAAAAAGUUUUACUGGGCUGAUUUGCAAAUUUGCCAAAACAUUUCUAGAGCAUAUGAUACAACAGUAAAUUGUUGCUACCAAAGUUACAAAUAUAAAAACAUUUUUUCUCUAUACUUGCAUUUAUAUUGUCGCUGUACAAUGUACAGUACUGUAUUUGAUAUAAUCUUGGAAUCUGAGUUUGCUGUGGGUAUUAUUUUGCAGUGUUUCUUUUUUAAUGGCAAAAAUUCAUGAUAGUUGUGUCAAAUUUUUAGCAUUAUGAAAACAUAAUAUUGCAUGGCAAUACUGAGGAACCUGCAGAUGUAAAAAAAAGUUUAGCAGUACUGUCAGCAAACUGUAAUUUUGUCCAGGUAGCCAAAAACAUAGAGGGCAUUUUAUAAUAACUCUUCCAGUCUUUUGUAGAUGUCUGUAUAUAUGUUUUUUAAGCCAAAGAUUGUAAAAAUUAUACAAAAUAAUUUUAAACUGAACUAUUUUGUGUUUGAAAAUGCUUUUGCAUCAGUUAUCAUGUAGCAGUUACGUAUUGGGAACCAGUCAGGGUCACACCUCUUGCUAGAGAACCAGUUGAGCCUGGUCUGUUGCUGUAAAAAAAAAACCAACACAUGCAGAAGUUUAUUGACAGAAAUUGAGCAUUUUAAAGUAAUAAUCUCAGGUUACUACGCUUACCAUUGAUAAUCCAGACAACAUGUCUACUGUGAAAUCACUGAUAUAUAUGGCAGACUUAUUUUCGUGGUGGAGCCAGUCUACGAAACUUAUUUUCAACAAGCAAAUUUAUUAAUUUUAUGUUCAGGUUGAAAUCCGCAUUUUUAGCUCACCUGUCACAUAGUGACAAGGUGAGCUUUUGUGAUCACCCUUCGUCCGUCAUCAGUCCGUCCCUCCGUGGGUCUCGUGCGUCCGUGCCUCAACAAUUUCUUGUCUGCACGAUAGUGGUUUCAUUUAUGAUUUUAUUUUAACCAAACUUGCACACAACUUGUAUCACCAUAAGAGCUAGGUUCCUUUCUUGAACUGGCCAGAUCCCUUUACAGGUUCCAGAGUUAUGGCCCCUGAAAGGGACAAAAUUAGCUAUUUUGACCUUGUCUGCACAAUAGCAGCUUUAUUUAUAAUUUGAUUUUUACCAAACUGGCACACAACUUGUAUCACCAUAAGAUCUUGGUUCCUUUCUUGACCUGGUCAGAUUCCAUUAUGGGUUCCAGAGUUAUGGUCCCUGAAAGGGCCGGAAUUAGCUAUUUUGACCUUGUCUGCACAAUAGCAGCUUCAUUUAUGAUUUUAUUUUAACCAAACUUGCACACAACUUGUAUCACCAUAUGAACUUGGUUCCUUUCUUGAACUGGCCAGAUUCCGUUAUGGGUUCCAGAGUGAUGGCCCCUGAAAGGGCCAGAAUUAGCUAUUUUGACUUUGUCUGCACAAUAGCAGCUUCAUUUAGGAUUUGAAUUUAAUCAAACUUGCACAAAACUUGUGUCACCAUAAGAUCUCGGUUCCUUUCUUGAACCGGCCAGAUCCCAUAAUGGAUUCUAGAGUUAUGGCCACUGAAAGGGCCAAAAUUAGCUAUUUGACAUUGUCUGCACAAUAGCAGCUUCAUUUAUGAUUUGAUUUUAACCAAACUUGCACAAAACUUGUAUCACCACAAGAUCUUGGUUCCUUUCUUGAACUGGCCAGAUUCCUUCAUGGGUUCCAGAGUUAUGGCCCCUUAAAGGUCCAGAAUUGGCUAUUUUGGCUUUUGCAGCCAUAUAGAGACUUCAUUUAUGGUUUUAUUUGAUACAAACUUCCAAAAUAUAUUCAGCAACAAUAAAUCUUGGAUUCCAUGACAAAUCGGAUCCAAUCAUAGGUUCCAGAGUUAUUUUAUAUCUGAUUACCUCCCCUGAUUGUAAUCAAAAUGGAUUUAUAUCAGUAAGUACUUAUAGGACUUAUUUGAAAUUUCAUUAUUGUCAUUAGUUGGACUGAGCCAAUGAGGGUAGAUAACUAUGGACUGAUUUUAUGUCAAAUUACCUCCCUUUAUUUCAAAUUAAAAUGGGUAUAUCUCCGUAACUAAUGAAGAUACUGAUCUGAAAUUUCAUUUAUGUCAACAUAUUUAUAUGGCAAAUCUUUCUUUUGUUCACUUACAAUCAUUUUUUUAGCUCACCUGUCACAAAGUGACAAGGUGAGCUUUUGUGAUCGCGCGGUGUCCGUCGUCCGUCCGUGUGUCCGUAAACUUUUGCUUGUGACCACUGUAGAGGUCACAUUUUUCAUGGGAUCUUUAUGAAAGUUGGUCAGAAUGUUCAUCUUGAUGAUAUCUAGGUCAAGUUCGAAACUGGGUCACGUGCCAUCAAAAACUAGGUCAGUAGGUCUAAAAAUAGAAAAACCUUGUGACCUCUCUAGAGGCCAUAUAUUUCACAAGAUCUUCAUGAAAAUUGGUCAGAAUGUUCACCUUGAUGAUAUCUAGGUCAAGUUCGAAACUGGGUCACGUGGGAUCAAAAACUAGGUCAGUAGUUCUAAAAAUAGAAAAACCUUGUGACCUCUCUAGAGGCCAUAUUUUUCAUGAGAUCUUCAUGAAUAUUGGUCAGAAUGUUUAUCUUGAUGAUAUCUAGGUCAAGUUCGAAACUGGGUCAUGUGGGGUCAAAAACUAGGUCAGUAGGUCAAAUAAUAGAAAAACCUUGUGACCUCUCUAGAGGCCAUAUUUCUCAAUGGAUCUUCAUGAAAAUUGGUCAGAAUGUUCAUCUUGAUGAUAUCUAGGUCAAGUUCGAAACUGGGUCACGUGGGGUCAAAAACAAGGUCAGUAGAUCUAAAAAUAGAAAAACCUUGUGACCUCUCUAGAGGCCAUAUUUUUCAUGAGAUCUUUAUGAAUAUUGGUCAGAAUGUUCACCUUAAUGAUAUCUAGGUCAAGUUCGAAACUGGGUCAUGUGGGGUCAAAAACAAGGUAAGUAGAUCUAAAAAUAGAAAAACCUUGUAUCCUCUCUAGAGGCCGUAUUUCUCAAUGGAUCUUCAUGAAAAUUGGUCAGAAUGUUCACCUUGAUGAUAUCUAGGUCAACUUCGAAACUGGGUCAUGUGCUGUCAAAAACUAGGUCAGUAGGUCUAAAAAUAGAAAAACCUUGUGACCUCUCUAGAGGCGAUAUUUUUCAAUGGAUCUUCAUGAAAAUUGGUCAGAAUGUUUACCUUGAAGAUAUCUAGGUCAAGUUCGAAACUGGGUCACGUGGGGUUAAAAACUAGGUCAGUAGAUCUAAAAAUAGAAAAACCUUGUAACCUCUCUAGAGGCCAUAUUUUUCAUGAGAUCUUCAUGAAUAUUGGUCAGAAUGUUCAUCUUGAUGAUAUCUAAGUCAGAUUCGAAACUUGGUCACGUGGGGUCAAAAACUAGGUCAGUAGGUCUAAAAAUAGAAAAAACCUUGUGACCUCUCUAGAGGCCAUAUUUCUCAAUGGAUCUUCAUGAAAAUUGGUGAGAAUGUUCACCUUGAUGAUAUCUAGGUCAAGUUUAAAAGUGGGUCACGUGCCUUCAAAAACUAGGUCAUAGGUCAAAUAAUAGAAAAACCUUGUGACCUCUCUAGAGGCCAUAUUUUUAAAUGGAUCUUCAUGAAAACUGGUCAGAAUUUUUUAUCUUGAUGAUAUCUAGGUCACAUGUGCUCAAAAUCUAGGUCACUAUGUCAAAUAAUAGAAAUAACGAUGUUAUACUCAGUUGAACACUGGGUCAUGUGGAGAUAGGUGAGUGAUUCAGGACCAUCAUGGUCCUCUUGUUUUAAUUACUUCCCUUUUACGUUACUAUAAAUAGCUUGUUUUUAGUAACUUUUUAGCUCACCUGUCACAAAGUGACAAGGUGAGCUUUUGUGAUCGCGUGGCGUCCGUCGUCCGUCCGUGCGUCCGUCCGUAAACUUUUGCUUGUGACCACUCUAGAGGUCACAUUUUUCAUGAGAUCUUUAUGAAAGUUGGUCAGAAUGUUCAUCUUGAUGAUAUCUAGGUCAAGUUCGAAACUGGGUCACGUGGGGUCAAAAACUAGGUCAGUAGGUCUAAAAAUAGAAAAACCUUGUGACCUCUCUAGAGGCCAUAUUUCUCAAUGAAUCUUCAUGAAAAUUGGUCAGAAUGUUCAUCUUGAUGAUGUCUAGGUCAAGUUCGAAACUGGGUCACUUGGGGUCAAAAACUAGGUCAGUAGAUCUAAAAAUAGAAAAACCUUGUGACCUCUCUAGAGGCUAUUUUUUUCAAGAGAUCUUCAUGAAUAUUGGUCAGAAUGUUCACCUUGAUGAUAUCUAGGUCAAGUUCGAAACUGGGUCAUGUGGGGUCAAAAACUAGGUCAGUAGGUCUAAAAAUAGAAAAACCUUGUGACCUCUCUAGAGGCCAUAUUUCUCAAUGGAUCUUCAUGAAAAUUGGUCAGAAUGUUCAUCUUGAUGAUAUCUAGGUCAAGUUCAAAACUGGGUCACGUGGGGUCAAAAACAAGGUCAGUAGAUCUAAAAAUAGAAAAACCUUGUGACCUCUCUAGAGGCCAUAUUUUUCAAGAGAUCUUCAUGAAUAUUGGUCAGAAUUUUACCUUGAUGAUAUCUAGGUCAAGUUCGAAACUGGGUCACGUGGGAUCAAAACCUAGGUCAGUAGGUCUAAAAAUAGAAAAACCUUGUGACCUCUCUAGAGGCCAUAUUUCUCAAUGGAUCUUCAUAGAAAUUGGUCAGAAUGUUCACCUUGAUGAUCUCUAGAUCAAGUUUGAAACUGGGUCACGUGGGGUCAAAAACUAGGUCAGUAGGUCUGAAAACAGAAAAACCUUGUGACCUUUCUAGAGGCCAUAUUUCUCAAUGGAUCUUCAUGAAAAUUAAUGAGAAUGUUCAGCUUGAUGAUAUCUAGGUCAAGUUCGUAACUGGGUCAUGUGCGGUCAAAAACUAGGUCAGUAGGUUGAAAAAUAGAAAAACCUUGUGACCUCUCUAGAGGCCAUAUUUUUCUUGAGAUCUUCAUGAAAACUGGUGAGAUUGUUCACCUUGAUGAUAUCUAGGUCAAGUUUAAAAGUGGGUCACGUGCCUUCAAAAACUAGGUCAUUAGGUCAAAUAAUAGAAAAACCUUGUGACCUCUCUAGAGGUCAUAUUUUUCAAUGGAUCUUCAUGAAAAUUGGUCAGAAUUUUUUAUCUUGAUGAUAUCUAGGUCACAUAUGCUCAAAAACUAGGUCACUUUGUCAAAUAAUAGAAAAAACGACGUCAUACUCAGUUCAACACUAGGUCAUGUGGGGAUAGGUGAGCGAUUCAGGACCAUCAUGGUCCUCUUGUUUAUUAUUGGCCGUAGGGAAAAACUGAGACCACUUUUCUGUGGUACAACAUGGAUAGUACCUCCAAUUUUUAGGUUUAUUUUGACAUAUCUACCUUUUAAGAUUUUUUUUUUCUUUUUGGUUUAAUUUCUUCCCUUUGUUGUUCCUGUCCUUUGGACUUAGAUAUUUUUUCUGAGGACCUUCUUGUCCUCAAGUGCAAUGAUAACAGGUGAGCGAUAUAGGGCCAUCAUGGCCCUCUUGUUUUUUAUCUUGCCAGUGAAACAUGAUUUUACAGUACUACAGGUACAAGGUAUCAGUAUACAGGGGUUUCAUUAGUUAUUGAAGUAGGAGGUGGAAAUUGCAAAGUAGAUGGCGUUCAUCCCAUUUAGAAUUUGACUAGCUACUAGAAAAGUAGCCUGGGCUACACUAUAACAUGCGGAAAUCCCCAAUCACCAGCCCUUAAUGAAGCCCCCGAAUAUAAAUAUUUGCAGCAUUGUCAUAUAUGGUUAACAGCACUGGUGUUACAGCCUAAAAUUAUAUAUAAGGUGCUAUUUAUUUCAUUUUUAUUGUAGCCUAGGUCUCCAUUUUUUAUAUGGUAGAAAUGAUUCAUCAAAAUGUAUUGUGAUUGAUUUUUGUUUUGGGAUACGGCCUAGUUUUCAUAUUUCUUACUUAAAUUAUAAAUAAAUGACAUAUGUGGGAUACAUAUGUUAUCUUUUAGACCAUCUCAUUCUUUUAUUUGUUUAAAUAAGAAAAAAAACAUGAAAAGUAUUCCAUUAAAUAAAGGCAUUAUGAAUUUAAGAAUUAGACUUCUUUCUAUGUUGAACUUUGUGAUGUUUUGUCCGUGUUGGGUGUAAGAUAAACUUUGUGUAACAUUAUACAAUGUGUCGGGCUUUAACACUCCUGUACACCGUUGCUUCAAUUGAACUCCAGACCAGAGCAAAAUAUUUUUAGAGGAAUCAAACACUGUCGCAGAAUGUAUUUGCUAAUAUAUUAGUGUAUGUACUUAACCAUAUUUAUAAACAGCAAUGAAAAUACAGCACUUUGUUAGUAAAAGAUUAUGAACUUUAGAGUGAAAGCACUCAAUGCAAAGUUUUUUUUUAACAGAGCAAUAAUUUUCUGACUGCUGUAUUUUUUUGUCAAACAUAUAAAACCUCUUUUAAAACCAAGUUAAUUUUUACCAUAUUAUAUUAAAUACUGCUUUUGUGAUAGUUUUUUUUUUUUUGUUGUUGUUUAUAAGAAAUCAGCCUGUGUCUACUAAUGAACAGUGAUAAGUGUCAUUGUAUUUGUUUUUAUAAACACAUUUGUUGUUACAUGUAUCUCGAAACAAAAUUAGCAUUAUGAAAGUAUGUUGUAUAAAUGGGGACUGGAGCAAGAUUUGUAAAUGUAGAGCUUAAUGGAAAAUUAUCAUAAAAGGUUAUUCCCUUAAGUUCCUUAAGUUAGAUAUAAGUUACAAAAGUUUAAGAAAAUACUUGGAGUAUGUUAUUAAUAUGUACAUGUAUUUUUUUUUCAAAACAGUAAUGAUAGUAUUAUUUAUGUAAAGGAACUUGCUUUUUUUUAUUACCAAAUAUAUGUUUUGUCAUGUAUAUCUCUAUUUUUGGGUCUUAAGGGCUGUUUGCAAUAGAAGAUUAAUUGUCUGAUAUUCUGUUGGGAAUGUUUAGUAUGUUACCUUUUAUUUUGAGACACAAAUAAUUACAAGUAUAAACAAGAAGCAUUAUAAAUUAAAAGUUAUAUAUCAAAUCACUGCUGACUAAAGUUUUUCAUUAGAUUUGCUGCAAAGCAUUAUGGGACUUGAGAUAAAUGAUGAACACCAUGCUUGGAAAGGGCCUAGGGGAGGGGGAGGGGAGUGGCACAGUGGGGCAUGAGUGAUAACAAUCCAGCAUAAUGACUUUCGUUUAUCUUUUCAUAAACACAUUUCUGUCAAUUUUCAUAUUUGUUCCAAAUUUAAGGUGGCAUAUUUUUUUAAUUGACUUAAAGGGAGGAAAAACUGAAUCAUUUUUUUCUGGUCAAGAUAAUGGAAGAUUUUUGUAUUACCUAAAGUCUCCUGUUUUUUUUACAGCAUCAAUUUUUACUAAGUGUGUAUUUUAUACAUAAGUUUUGUUUAGUCAGUAUGAUACACAAACAACGAUAUAUAUUGAUGAUAUAUCAGUGGUGCUUUGUUUCUGUCAAAGUUGCUGUAUGUAUGCUUUUUUUUAUCCUGUGGUGCUGAAGGGCAUUCAUCUAGACAGCACCUUUCAGUUCUUGUUUUCUUGUUUUUGCUUGUACCAAGAACAUUCUUAUUUUAAAAGUGUAUAAAUGGCUGAAGAAUGCUAAUUCUGUCAAAUAUGCUAGAAAUAUGUUUUUUUUAAGGUUUGGGUAAAUAUUGUUUCCUGGAAAAAUUAGUAAUAUUUGUGUUAACGAUGUUAUAGAUAACACAAUUGACAUGGGUGAAAUAAAAUUUAUAAUUCCCCACACAAGAAAUCUAUCUGACAGAAUUUGCAAGCCAGCAGAAUUACCUGGCCAGCCAGUUUUGUGCAUAUUAAAAGUUUUAUCCCAUAAUGUGUACAAUAAAAAUCUUUUAAGAAAAAAAU